AUGCUGGAGGACGGGAAGAAGUUCGAUUCCUCCCGCGACAGGAACAAGCCGUUCAAGUUCGUGAUGGGCAAGCAGGAGGUGAUCCGCGGCUGGGAGGAAGGAGUGGCUCAGAUGAGCGUUGGUCAGCGGGCGAAGAUGACCAUUUCCCCAGAUUACGCCUACGGCUCUACUGGCCACCCGGGGAUCAUCCCACCAAACGCCACUCUGAUUUUUGACGUGGAGCUCAUGAAAUUGGAAUGACCUGCCCCAGCACCCCGUCCUCGGGU